CUGAGAGAGCAGGCAUGUGUGUGUGAGAGAAGAGCUGAACCUCAGGAGAAACGGCCCUCACAUAAACAUGUAGGAUAUCUCGCACACACAUACACACACUCAAGCAGCACCGGGAUGGAGCAGAGCGUUGAACACAGUUUGUACCCUUCUGAGUGCCCACCCAGCAGACCUAGAGAUGUGCUGAUCAAGUCAGCUUCGGCAUAUGCCAAUAUCCAAUGGGAACAGCCUCACCAGCCGAGGACCCCGGACCGGGACCCGUUCGGUUACCCUCAUCGCGAUCAGAUCCCGCCGUUGGCCGGUUACGCUCCCCAACCUGAUUACAUGACAGGGGAUGAUGAUCUCAUCAGACCCAAAAAGCUGGUUAAUCCAGUGAAAGCCUCUAAAAGCCACCAGGAGCUUCAUCGAGAGUUGCUUAUGAACCAUAAACGAGGUGAUGGUGUGGAGAAUAAGCCUGAGCUGCAGCGUGUGUUAGAGCAAAGAAAAAGAGAGCAGAUGAUACGACAGAGAAAGCAGGAGGAGGAGGCCAGGAGGAAAAUCUCUCCACUGGAACAAGAGCUCCUCAAGAGACACCAGAAACUAGAGGAGCUGGAGAAAGAGCAAGCAAAACUGGAGAACAGCAACGGCAGCGCUCCGGAGUUCAUCAAAGUGAAGGAGAACCUGAGACGGACGUCAUUUACGAGUCCUGGAGAGAAGGAGGUGUAGAGGUGCAGACACAGACGGCAUCCAUAUGUGUAGUUGCACACGGCCAGUAACGUAAAGACACGCUCCAGCCCCCAAACAUCACCCACACGGCUGUGUUUCUUUACCUUCUGUCUCACACCAACAAAAUCCUGUAGCAGGCCCAAAGAGGACAGAGAUAUGACCCAGGAGAACCUGUUACACCCAUGUAUUACAUAGACAGUGGUGCUCACAGGGUUUUUGUUGUAGGCUUGUGUGCUUAUAAGUUUGAGAGUGGAAGAUAAAUGGACAGAAAUGUUCUGGCUCUUUCACAUUAAGUACAACAGUGAGAGAAAGUGCAGGCUGCGUCAUUCAAGGAAGCAGAACACGUACAAGGCGGAUAUUAGACAAACAGUAUUACAUGACAAACGAUCGUUCAUCAAACCGCCAAAUAUUUGCAUAAUAUUUGCUUAAAUCUGAACACUGUCUAUAAUUCUUAACAAUCAGCACAUGUCACUUUUAAAUGAGAAAAUAACAGCUAAGAUUAUUUUUAGCCUUUCAUCAGCUUUGAAAAGUCAGUGAGAUCUUGCAACAGUGUCAACAAAAUGUAUUGACAGAUAAAAAACUGUCAUAACACGUUAAUAAGGAUGGUUAUUAAAACGAUGACUUUACAAACACACAAUUAUACGAAAUAUUUCUGGAAAUAUUUGUUGUUGUUCCAGUGCCUUUGUUAAAGGAAGAGAGCAGGACAGGCUGUCUGACAGUUACUGUGAUUUAAUCAAUGUUACAUUUUUCUUUCACCUUUUUACUUUCAUGUCAUGUUCCUUUGCUUUGAAAGCGUAUGAUUGUAUGUGGGAGUAUUUCAUAAAGACCAUCACUACAUUUUGAUCAAUAAUCGCAUCAUCUUCAAAAGAAAUAUGAUGCAUGGUGAUGAAUAAUUUGGUUAUUUGUCUUUUUUGUUUCAUUUUUGUUUCAAUUCAUUAUAGCUCAAGUUUUUUUUGUUUUAACACUAAACUAAGUUGAGAUAUGUCAAUCUUGUCUAUACUGGCUCCUAAAACCACUGGAAAUACAACAAUCAUUGUGUAACUUGACUUUAGCCCUAUGUGCUGUUUAAUUUAAUGGUAAUUUCAUUCUGAUGUUGUUCGUGUCCGUCUGAGUAAGCUACUUCUGUUUUCAGUUCUAGCCAUGACAUUGUGAUUGACAGAGAAUCAUAUAAACUUGCAGAAAAAUGAGAACUGUAUAUAGGCUUCACAUAAAUAAAUGAAUUAAUAGCA